AUGUCGCAUGUUAUUGAGAUCAAACUGGUUAAUGCCACUUGCUUAGGGGUUAAUAACUGUACAAGCCCUAAACACGGCAGUUGUAAAACAACGGACAUUUGCCAGUGUAAUCCUGGCUACAUAGGUGCUAACUGCAGCAUUGUUCCUACUUGUUACAAUGUAUCGAAUUGUACUGGCAAUGGAAUCUGUGUGGAUUUCGAUGUGUGCAAAUGUAAUACAGGAUGGACUGGAGGCAACUGCACCCAGUACUCGUGUGAACAAUUGGAUUAUUGCUCAGAGCACGGUAGCUGCGUGGCUUUUGACAAAUGCGCCUGUGAUUAUGGCUGGACCGGGGUAAGCUGCGCCCUUCCUGAUUGUGAAGCUGUCAAUCAAUGUUCCAAAAAAGGAGAGUGCAUUUCCAGCGACAAGUGUCGCUGUCUUCCAGGUUUUAUUGGAGCGGAUUGCGGUCAGUUGGCGGACUGUAGCCAUCUCGCAAACUGCAGUGGCCAAGGCGUUUGCGUUUCUACCGAGAUGCUGAAUGUGUCUUGCAGUUGUUAUCUUGGUUUUACUGGAGAUAACUGCAGUCAGCCCACUUGCACAACCGUAAAUAAUUGUUCUGCCCAUGGUGCGUGCGUGGAAGCCGAGUUCUGCAAAUGUGACCUGGGAUACAUUGGAACUGACUGCAGUAACUUUUCUUGUGAGGCUGUCAACUAUUGCUCCGGAAACGGAAAAUGUGUCGACUUCGAUGUCUGCCUCUGCAAUUCCUCCUGGUCGGGUCGAGCAUGCAGCGUUCCUGAUUGCAGUGCCGUAAAAAAUUGUUCUGGUCAAGGAGAUUGUAUCCUACCCAACGUUUGUUCUUGUUAUCCAGCUUUUGAUGGUGCAUACUGCGAUCAGAAGGCAAAAACAAACAUCAAUCCACCAAAAUUUAUCCAAACAUUUUACAACGCGGCUAUUGUGGAAAAUUCUCCUGUAGGAACAGUUAUUUUACAAGUAAAAGCCAAUGAUACAGAUUCAGGAAGAAAUGGUCAGAUAUUUUAUGCAAUAAUUGGUGACGAUAGAGUAGAAAGUAUUCUUACCAUUGGGGGACAAUCUGGAAAGAUUUACAGUGCAAAGACACUGGAUUUUGAGACGACUGAGAUGAAAUCAUUCAACGUGACCAUGGUUGCUGCAGAUAACGGAUAUCCACAGAAAUCUGGAAUGGCUACUGUUCAGAUAACAAUUGUGGAUGAAAAUGACAAUUGUCCAACCUUCAUCGAGCCACCAGGAGAUCUAAAACUAGAAUUCCCUGCACUCAUUCCCGGAGAAACCGUAACCAAAGUUUCUGCAAUUGACUUGGACAGUGGAGUAAACAGUGACAUAACUUAUAGCCUAUCCAAAAAUGACGCAUUCUCUAUUGAUCCUAGAACUGGUGUGGUUACCGUGGUGUCUAACUUGAUGGAGAAAGUUCAUCAUCUCACUGUUAGUGCCAGUGACAACGGGGACGUUUCAUGCAUAACAGACAUCAGUUUGACAGUUGAAAUCGGCAUCUCUCCGACGACGAAGCCUCGGACUAGAUCUACCACUCCCUUCACAAACAGGAAAUCUGAAACCUCUAGUACAUCUACUUUGCCUGAGACUACGACUUUCACAGGUGACCUAUCCAAAAAUGACGCGUUCUCUAUUGAUAACAAAACUGGUGUGGUUACCGUGGUGUCCGACUUGACAAAAAAGGUUCAUCAUCUAACUGUUAGUGCCAGUGACAACGGGGACGUUUCUUGUACAACAGACAUCAGUUUGACAGUUGAAAUCAACAUCUUUCCGAGAACAAAGUCCCGGAAUAGAUCUACCAAACCCUUCACAAAGAGGAAAUCUGAAACCUCUAGCACGUCUACUUUGCCUGAGACUACGGCGUCCACAGGAGCGAUUACUUCGCAUGUACCAACGGAGACAAGAGCGGUUCCUCAAGAAGGUCCAAAUUAUGCAAUAAUUGGUGGGUCAGCAGCUGGAGGAGUACUGCUUCUUUUGAUUGCAUUACUGGUGAUCAGAAAAUGUCUUUGCAAAGCCAAGACAUCUUCAGCAAGAGACACUACGGGGAGAAUGAAUGCUGGUAUGGAUUUUGAGAUGUCUAGGAGGAAGUGAGAACAUGUUUUAUCUAAUAACAGAUUUCAAAAUGAAAGUUUGCCUUAGAGAGAAAAAACCUGAGAUAACUUCGCGGGUUAUGUGUGGUCGCAGUCCUUUACUCGUAUACUCAGUAGUACAGAGAAGUUUUUUUACAAGCUCGCUUACGGAGUUGAUAGUAUUAGUAUCAAUAUCAGUCAGUAACAAAUAGAACAAAAACAUUGCAGCGUCAGUGUCAUUAAGAGAUUACAACUCUCACUUAAACCCAGUAUAUCGCUGUUUGUAAAGAUUAUCAGUAGUACCGGAAGUAUCAGUGGUAAUAGCGGUAACAGAAGACGUGUUUGUAGCAAUGGAAGAAGCAGUAUGCUGUAGGAGUGGUGUUAACUGAGGCAGUAGCAGUAACAGAAGCAGAAGGUCAUCAACUAACCUAACUAUACCUCUAUAUCGCAGUUACAAAUGAUACCUGGCUACAUAUAUCUAGUUUCCCGUAUAUAUAUACGUAAAAAAGGAUAGAAAACGGCGUAUUAGUGAGUAAAAAAAUAAUUUAUAGGAACCAAGAAUAGACGCUUCAAGUUUAAUUUUUUAUCUGAUUUUAAGUGUGAGAGAAUAUAAGUUUGAAUAAAAGCAUGAAUGGUUGUUAA